GCUUCUGGGAAGAGAAAAGGAGGUGUGCAGCUGUCCUCUGCUUUCUUCUGCUCCUGCCAGCUUCAUUCCUUCCUGCCCACACUCCUCGCAAUGAAGAAAACACCACGAAAAAACCAAGGCGAGCGUUACCGCCUGAAGUUCCGGCGUCUGUGCCGGGCAGCCAAGGUGCUCGUUUACGAGAACGCGGCUUUGUGCGAUGAGAUCGCCAGGCUUGAGGCCAAAUACCUGCGUGUACGCGAAGAGCGCCGGUUCCUGCUUGCUCGCUUGUUGCAGGCGCAGGCUGAAGACGAGCCUCCCGCGCCAAACCUCGCUGCCGUUUCUCAGCCCUCACCGGACGAGCUGACUGUCCGCAAGCCCCGCCGGGAACGCAAAGGCAAAGAGAACGGCCGGGCGUCCAAGCGCAGAGCAGCCCCGGAGCUGGGUGCCCGCCGGCCGGUCCCGCCACUACCGUUGGAUCCUUCUGGCCGGCCAGUGUUUCCCAUCACGCUGGGGUCGCUGACUAUCUACAGUUUGGGUGAAAUUGUCCCCGACCGCCCUGGUUUCCACACGGAGAGUGCCAUCUACCCGGUUGGGUACUGCAGCACCCGGAUCUUUGCCAGCACCCGCAGACCAGUUCACCGGUGCCUCUACACCUGCCAGAUCAAGGAUGGUGGUGCCGGGCCGCUCUUUGAGAUUGCUCCCGAAGAUGAGCCAGGCUGCGUCAUGGCUGGCUCCACGCCGGAUGCCUGCCAUGCUCAACUGCUGGAGGCUGUGGGGGCGGCCCAGCUGGAGCCGGCAGGAGCAGAAUUCUUUGGGCUUUCGCACCCGGCCAUCCAGCACCUCAUCCAGAGCUGCUCUGGCGCUCGCAAGUGCGCUGGGUACCGCUGGUUCCGCUUUGAGGUGUGCCGCCCGGCAGAUGGGCCCCCUCCAGAGGGGUUGCCCCCAGGAAAUCCCGGAACUGACUACGAGGCUUUCCAAAACCAAGGCUUGGCAGGGCCCGUGGGCCUGGACUUCUCUGCUACGACCCCUUCCCCACCCAGUGGCAACGGAUAUGCAGAACUUUUCCUGCCUUGUGCUCCCUCCGGAGGGUCCCCCAUUCCCCAAAGCCCAGAAAGUGACACUGACUGAAUAUUGCCAGGCACAAGCCUGUGGUAGAACUUCUGCCUGGAGACCCAUGUAGCAACAUCUGUUAUCCUGGCCCGAGUUUUCCUGUUGCUACAAUUACAUUGAUGUUGUAAAAUGCUUGUACCGUAUCCUGUUGUUUUAAAGGCUGCCAUUAGGUUAGCCUUCCCCAACCUGAUGCCUUCCAGUCGGGUUGGACUACAACUCCCAGAAUCCCCAGCCAGCUAUGCUGGGGUCCAACCCAUCUGGAGGACACCAGAUUGGGGGAGGCUAUUUUAGAUCCAACUCUCAACAUUGUCUAUGAGCAGUAAUUUAAGUGUAGGUCCAAAAGGGUGUAUUUUUGCUUUCGCAAAGACUUUUGAAACAAGUACUUGAAUUGAGUAUUUCUACUUGAAGUCUGUAUUUGACAAUGUUUGAUUUGGGCAGGGUGUGUAUGCGAGGUUGGUUUUUGCAUAAUGGAAACACUAUCCAAUCAGAAGGAUCCAAGGGUAGUGGCAGAACCAGUAAAAGUGCUGUGGUGAAUGUGCUCCCAUAUGGCCUUCUAAUUGCAUACUUUUAGCCAAUGCUAAAUGCAUUUGAUCACAUGAGUGCAUGUUCACAAGAUAACUUCCCUACAAGAGAAGAACCCUUUUCUUGUUAUAAAAUUGUGAAUGCUGGUAAGCUGCCAACGUUUUCAAGAGUAUAAGGGAGCAAUCCUAUGCAUGGAUUAGCAGUUGUAGGACUUUUCCCGUUUCAACAGAGAGAGGAUUGCGCCCUAGAAACGUGCUAACCUGCAUUACUGCACAUGCCCAGUUCCACAUUAAGGAAGGCUGCUGGAUAAGUUGGUGAUCUUUACUGUUUUGAAACCAAGCAGGAAUAGACUUAGGCUGAUACAGGAGAAACUGUACAGAUAUGCACAACUCCUGUACGGUACAAAGAGACGAUUCACAUGGAAUAUGGAGCUGAUGGUGACUGAAGUGUAUCAUGAUCAGUUCUUCCCCUUCCGUCAUUUACUUGAAUAUGUUAAGAGGCUUGUGCAUGAAAUUUACCACUGAAGGCUGUUUUUAAUAAAGGCUUUGAAAAUUG